UCAUCCCACAUGCUUAGAGCUGUGCCUGUGGUCUCCAUGGCCCCUGCUCUGGCCCAUAUGGGAUGCUGCAUGCUGGGAUUUGAGGCUCUGUGAGCUGCAACAUGCAUUGCAGCUGGUGUUGCUCUUUCCGGGCCUCCUCUGAAGGGCUGAUCUUCAGAGGUCCUGAAGCUCUGGAAGCUGCAGGUGGUUGAACAUCUCUCGUUCCCCAGCUCUCACACCACUCCUUCGCCCUCCCAUGCAAGUCGGACUCAUCCUUGCCACUGGCAAAGGACCUAUGUAGAAGACGCUUUCCCUUCUUCCUUAGUUUCACAGGUGGCCAGCUUUGGCGAUUUCAGCAUGAGCCUCCCAACAACUGGUGUUUUUCUUAAAGCCUGGGCUCCUGGAGUCAGGUGAUGAUGUGAGACUCAGCUUGCAUUCUAAAAUCCAUUCCUAGCCCUGGUGGUUGUGGAGAAAAGCUGGAAAACGUGACCCUCCCCCCAAAGGCUCAGAGACUAGGAGACCAACGGGGAGAAGAAGCCAGAUGUAGGAUUUCUAAAAAUCUCCUGAGGUUUAGUCCAACCUCAUGGUCUGGAGGCCCAAAUUGUGCUCUUGCUCCCGGCCCCUCAAAUCAAGGCGCUUUUCUUUGUCUAGCAUAAGAAUUUAUAGAGGAUCCCUAACUGCUGAGCGGGCUGGGAGCCUCCCUCCGGGCUUCAUUGGCCAGAAGGCACAAGGGACUCCAGACACCAGCAGCCAAUGAGACGCCCAGGAUCGGUUUAAAGGGCCCCCCCUCCAGCCCUACAAAAGGUGCUGCGGGCGCCCUGCCAGGCCAGCCGGGCGGAUGGGGCGGUAGCAGGAGGCGCGGAGUGUGUCUGUACCAGUUCAGACAGGUGCCCCCCUGGGGACGCCACCCCCAGCCCGCACCUCUCUGCAAAGUGGGAGUGGAGGGAGCGUGUCUGCAGAGGAUGCCCAUCCUCAUCUCGCCCGACAUCGCUGCCCGGUUCAAGGAGAAGUGGCUGCUGCUGCACCCCGAGGACCGGGACAAUGUGGGUGGGGCUGUGACCUUGGAUGACAGCCUCACCAGCCUGCAGUGGCUCCAAGACUUUUCCAUCGUCACCGCUGAUCCGGAGACACCACCUGUCCCCAGCCACCCUCUCCACCAGCCUCCCCAGCAGCUCUUCCAAGGGUCCGAGGCCCCGGCCAGCCCACCAGCAGGAGACACUGCGGCCAAGGGGAUGCCCCCGUGUCUGGGCAAACCCACUUCCGCAGCCACCUCCCCUGGCACCAGCUACCUGCCUGGCCUUGGCGCUGCAGAGAUCGAUUACAAGAGCAACCCUGGGGCGAAGCCCCCUUACUCCUACGCCACCCUUAUCUGCAUGGCUCUGCGGGCCAGCAAGCAGGCCAAGGUCACCUUGUCAGCCAUCUACAGAUGGAUCAUGGAGAACUUCUGCUACUACCGGCACGCUGAGCCCAGCUGGCAGAAUUCCAUCCGGCACAACCUGUCCUUGAACAAAUGCUUCCGGAAAGUGCCGCGGCAGAAGGACGAGCCAGGCAAGGGGGGCUUCUGGGAGAUCGACCCGCAGUACGCCGAUAUGUUCGUCAAUGGUGUUUUCAAGCGGAGACGGCCGCCGGCCGCGCCCUACAGCCUGCCACGGCAGCGCCCCGCCGUGCCUGCCCUGGAGGCAGGGUGCAGCCUCUUGUCCCCCAUGUCCCAUCUGGGGGAUGGGCAGCCAGGGCACACCCCUCACCAGGCUGCCCACCGCCCGCUGCACCAGCACAGCCAACGCUGCCCCCUGCUGGAUGCCCCCAGCCCUCCGCUGAAGCGCAGCUGCCUGGCAGCCAGAACUGCCCAGUCCCCUCUGCUGCCCUCUAGUGGCAGAGAUGCAGAAGCCCUGCGAGGAAAUUUUGACUGGGCCGAUGCCUUUGACGAUGUCUUACGGGGAAACGGCAGCAAUUUCGAGGACCUGGAUAUUAACGCAGCGCUCAGCUCGCUGGCCACAGAGGUGGACCUCGCCAUGCAAGGCAGGUACAUACCCCUUGCCAGCAAGUGGGGCACCCCGGCUACCAAUCACCCCAGCCCAGGGGCUUCCCACUGGGAGGAUUUCACCCCCUUCGCCGACACCCCCCACCACCCCUGGGAGGAGGCGAGGGGAGAGGUGCUCGGCAACUCCUGGGGCUUUGAGCAGGGCUUCAACUUCUGUGAUGGCUUCCUCAGCGAGACUCAGCCCUGGGACAAAGUCGACACCUUCAUGUGAUCCCCCUCUCUUCUCUGGGGCUGCUGCCCCUCUCCUACCCCCUGGCAUGAAAGUAGGCUGAGUCCCUCCUGCUCUCCCAAGCACUCUAUGGGCAAGGCCCUGUCCUUCCCUGACUGCCAGCGCUUGUGGCUUCCUGAGCCCUUGGGCAGGGGUCACAUUAGGAGUCCGUCUCUUCCCCCCCACACCCCAGCAAGCUGUAAUGUCCCAGACCAGCGACUCAGCUGGGCAGUGACUGCUGCAGGGCAGGGCAGGCCAGACCCUGACCCUGACCCUGAGCCGCAGGAGGCUCCGUGCCUCAU